CAGAUGGGCUGUUUAUUGAGCCAAUUGCAAAUUUGCCAGUGGUCCAGGCUAUACUGUACGCCGAUUGGCCCAGAAACCCUCGAAUGAUCGGCUCGGAAUUUGUAAAGACUGACUCAGUGACAGAUUAGGGGAAAAGAUGUUUGCUAUAAAACAUGGAUUUGGACGGAACGGGAGAUAAAGUGUGUCGAUGUGUGAAUGUGACCGGAGCUCGGGGACAAUAACCAAAAUUCUGAAGAUUGUGUCAAACUUUGUGGCUGGCUGGCCCUAAAGUGCGCAGGUGGAUCCAGGCCAGAGACGGUGAGGAUGGGCGGUGGAGGCCAGCUGACAGAGCCAGGAGAGCCCGGCACUGGAGGAUCUGGUCGAGUUUUCACAUGGGAAGAGGUGCAGAGACACAGUCACCGGAACGAUCAAUGGCUGGUGAUCGAUCGAAAGGUUUACAACGUCACUCAGUGGGCCAAGAGGCAUCCAGGAGGCUUUCGGGUCAUCAGUCACUAUGCUGGGGAGGAUGCAACAGAAGCAUUUAAAGCUUUUCACCAUGAUGGCAAGUUUGCACAGAAGUUUCUGAGGCCUCUGCAAAUUGGAGAACUGGCUGCCACAGAGCCCAGCCAGGACCACAACAAAAAUGCAGCAAUCGUACAAGAUUUCCACACUUUACGUGCACAAGCAGAGGAUGACGGUCUGUUUCGAGUUCGGCCCAUGUUCUUCUGCUUCUAUCUCGGUCACAUCCUGCUGCUGGAGGCCCUCGGAUGGCUGACCGUCUGGGUGUGGGGGACCAGCUGGAUGUUGACACUGCUGUGUUCAAUCAUUCUGGCCACUGCUCAGAUUCAGUCUUCAUGGCUGCAACAUGAUUUUGGCCACAAGUCUGUCUUCAAGACGACUCACGGGAAUCACAUUAUGCAGAUGUUUAUUAUGGGCCACUUAAAGGGAGCGUCUACCAACUGGUGGAAUCAUCGUCAUUUCCAGCAUCAUGCUAAACCCAAUGUCUUCAGUAAAGACCCUGAUGUUAACAUGCUGCAUGUCUUUGUGGUUGGUGCCAUUCAACCAGUGGAGUAUGGCAUAAAAAAGAUCAAAUACAUGCCCUAUCAUCGCCAGCACCAGUACUUCUUUUUUGUUGGAGCACCGUUGGUCCUUCCAGUUUACUUCCAACUUCAGAUGAUGCACUCUAUGAUUUACCGCCAUCACUGGGUGGAGCUAGUUUUGGCCAUGACUUUCUAUCUUCGGUACUUCUGCUGUUAUUUACCCCUGUAUGGUCUGUUUGGCACAUUGGCACUCAUCACUUUUGUCAGGUUUCUGGAGAGUCACUGGUUUGUGUGGGUGACUCAGAUGAAUCAUCUGCCAAUGGACAUAGAUCAUGAGGCGCACCAGGACUGGCUGACCAUGCAGUUACAUGCCACCUGUAAUAUUGAACAGUCCUCAUUCAAUGACUGGUUUAGUGGACACCUCAACUUCCAAAUUGAACACCAUUUGUUUCCCACAAUGCCUCGCCACAACUACUAUCUGGUGGCCCCGCUGGUUCAGGCGCUGUGUGAGAAACAUGGGAUUCCUUACCAGGUAAAGACGAUGAGGCAGGGCCUGGCUGAUGUGCUAAGGUCACUGAAAAACUCAGGGGAGCUUUGGCUUGACGCAUAUCUUCAUAAAUGAAUAAUUCCUGCACUGUGCAUGAGAUGAAUGUUUUUCUCUUUCUCUACAACAUGAAUUGAUUUGAUCUAUUUGGUUAAACAAAACAAUUCAUAGGUAAUGAUCAUUUCUUAUCAUUGGUGUUAAUAUUGAGUCUUAGUGUCGUUUUUAGAUGCUGUGAAACCUUUUUAAAUUGCCUUACAGCAUCAUAAAGUUGUGUUAUUAGUACAACUGUGAAACUGAUUGUGAGAUUUAUAAAGUGACAAUUUUUUCUCCCUUUUUCUAUUGUGUGAUACACUUUGAACAAAACAUGAAUAUGUUUCCUCUGCAGCUGAGGGUUACAAAGUUCUACAAUUAUAAUUUCUCUUUUAGACUCAAAAUUGUCUUCUUUCACUGGAAUUCUUUUUACAUCUCAUGAUACAAUAAAGAAGCUGUGCUGAUUUU